UGGAGCCUACCCAAGCGGGAAACCAAAAGAAGAAAGAAGCACCUCUCCUCUCCAUCAAUCCCCUCUCUCUCUCUCUCUCUCCUUGGUUAUUUGGCUUUUAUAGAACACUGUCAGAAACCUAGGCUUUCUUCCCCUUUCCCCCAUUCCUUUUCUUUCCAUCCAAGCAAUCGCCUUCUCUCCUUCUCUCCUUCUUCUUCUUCCUUGUCAUGCUCUGGAACCACCACCAACACCUCCUCUCUGGUGCGUCCCAGCUAGACCUCUCUCGAGCCACCUGGCUCUGACCCAAAUGCCUUCUCCUUCACCAGCACCACCUCCUCCAACCCACGCCACUGACACCCUCGAUCUCAUCCGCAACCACCUCCUCCCACUCAUCCUCCUUACUACUCUCUCCAUUAAAUACUUCCAAGGUAGGUGGCAGCUUCUCCGCACCAAGCUAACCCAGCUCCAGUCCUCUCUCUCCUCCCUUUAUUCCUCCCAAAACCCUCUCCUUCAAGAACAUCUCCUCCCCAACCUUCUCUCCACCCUCCAAACCAUCCAAUCCCUUUCCGACCAAUGCCUCCUCCCUUCCCUCCCCUGCGGCAAGCUCCUCAUGCAGAGCAACCUCGACAUGGCCUCCUCCUCCCUCUCUCUCCACCUCCAUGACCUCCAUCUCCUCCUCAAGUCAGGCGUCCUCCUCAAUCCCAACUCCUCCGCCAUCGUCCUCUCCUACCCUGGCCCCUCCUCUUCCAAAGACGACUUGGGUUUCUUCAUUAGAGACCUCUUCACCCGUCUCCAGAUCGGCAGCCUCGAAUUCAAGAAGAAGGCCCUUGAUUCCCUCAUCCAGCUCCUCCACGACGACGACAAGAACUCCGUCCUCGUUGCCAAACAAGGCGAUGUCGGCUACUUAAUUCAUCUUCUCGAUGUCAACAAUCAGUCUUCGAUCCGGGAACAAGCCGUCGCCGCAGUCUCAGUUCUUGCCUCCGCGUCCGAAUCUUCAAGGAAGAUUGUUUUUGAAGAAGGGGGUUUGGGUCCUCUGUUGCGUCUGCUCGAGAUUGGUUCGAUGCCUGUCAAGGAGAAGGCAGCAGUAGCGAUUGAGGCGAUUACUGCUGACCCAGAGAACGCUUGGGCAGUCUCCGCUUACGGCGGUGUCCCGACCCUGAUAGAUGCAUGCCGAUCAGGUUCACCGGUUAUGCAGAUGCAUGCUUCUGGGGCGAUGAGGAAUGUCUCUGUGGUUGAAGAUGUCAGGGUUACAAUGGCAGAAGAGGGGGCAAUUCCUGUUCUUGUUGAUCUCUUGAUUUCUAGUGGGGCUGUGAUGCAGGGAAACGCAGCGCACUGCCUUUGGAUCCUUGCAUCUUCAGGAGAGGAAUUUCGGGUUUGUAUCGUGCAGGAAGGUGGGUUGCAGAGGCUUCUGCAAUUGGUUCAAGAACCCCCAAAUCCAGAUACCAUCGAGUAUGCGCUGCGGGCAAUCUACGCACUUUUGUCAUCGGCCCCAACAGCAAAGGCCUUAUCUUCUUCCACUGGAUUUGUUUCUCAGCUCGGGGAGCUGAUCAAGCAGGGAAAUGUGGGUCUGCAGCAGAUUUCAGCAUCUUUGAUCUGUAAUCUAUCAUUGAGUGAUGAUCGCAAGCGGGCCAUUUCCGGGUGCAUGGCAACGCUUGUGAAGAUGCUGGAAUUGGCAAAACCGGUCGGGAUGCAGGAUGUCGCUGCCCGGGCAUUGGUCUCCUUGCUGUCCGUCCGGUCAAAUCGGAAGGAUUUCGUGAAGGAGGAGAAGAAUGUGAUGAGAUUGGUGCAGAUGUUGGAUCCGAAGAAUGAAGGGGUGUGUAAGAAGUAUCCAAUUUCGGUUGUUUCCGCACUCACAGCUGGAGGUAGUGGAAGCUGCCGUAAGAGGCUGGUGGCUGCGGGAGCAUGCCAGCAUUUGCAGGUGCUUGCAGACAUGGAUGUUGCUGGAGCAAAGAAGGUGCUGCAGCGACUGGCCGGAAGCCGUCUCAAAAACAUCUUCAACAGGACUUGGAGAGAGUAAUCCGAUCAAACAAACUAACCCCACAAAGGUAUUCGUUGGAUUUCUAACCGUCGGAGGCAAGAAGAGCACCAAAGACUUGUUUACUAUAAUACUUGGGAUUUUUAUAUAUAUUUAUUAUUAUUAUAAUACAAGAAAGAAAAAAGAAGAGGAGAUUACAGACUGUCCACAAAGAAUAAGAGUUUCUACUGCUAAUAUUAUAUAUGACUUAAUAGAAGCAUGGAUGCGGGUUUUUAGGGAGUAUCCUGUUUUUUUUUUUUUUUUCCCUUUCUUUUCACUGUAAUUGUUUGACUUUUCCAGCUGUAGAAGAGGAGGUAGUAGAGAGACAUAGAGGGACUUGCUGUUGGUGUUUUUGUUGUUGUUGUUGUUGUUGUUGAGGUGGUGGUGGAUUUUUACUAUGGUAAAUCGUGUGUGGUUUGUUAAUGUACAUUGAAGAAGUGGCUCUUGUUUGAUCAUGUAAAAGAGUCUUUAAAAAAAAAAUCAAAUAGCCAUGUUUUUUUGUUUGGCUAGCGAA